AUGAAGGUCUCUCGCACAAGUGCAGCAUUGCUGCUUAACAGCAUUCUUGCCUCUGCUCAAUCAAACACAACUAGCAUAACCUGCCCAUCCUCCUCGAAAUUCACCUCCAUCUCCGCCGGUACAUUCUUCUCGCGCAUAAACCCGGGCUGGAACGUCGGGAACACACUCGACGCCGUAGAAACAGAAGGCAGCUGGAACAAUCCACCCGUCGUAGCCGCCACUUUCGACGACGCCAAACGCGCCGGUUUCAAGGGAAUCCGUAUCCCCGUUACGUGGGCCUACCACUUUACCUCGCAGUCCCCUGACUGGACCGUCGAUCCUGUCUGGCUGCAGCGCGUCUCCGAUGUCGUCGACAUGGUGACAUCCCGCGACCUAUACGCCAUUGUAAAUGUGCACCACGACAGCUGGACGUGGGCGGAUUUGACGGCAUCUGGUACGAAUGUGACGGCUGUGGAGGAGAGACUGGGAAAGCUGUGGAGCCAGAUCGGGGCGAAGCUGGCGUGUAAGAGUGAGAAGGUAGCGUUUGAGCCUAUCAAUGAGAUUCCGGGGACGACGGCUGAGCAUGGAGCGGAGGUUAAUCGGCUGAAUGAAAUCUUUUUGAAGGCGAUUAAUGAGGCAGGGGGAUUCAAUUCGAAGAGGGUUGUUACGCUUGUGGGUGCGGGUGAGGAUGGGGUUAAGACGAGUCAAUGGUUUAAGAGACCGGAUUCCAAGUGGAAGAAUCCGUGGGGGAUUCAGUAUCAUUAUUAUUCGCCUUACGACUACGUCUUCCAAGCCUGGGGAAAAACAACAUGGGGCUCCGACGCAGAUAAAGCCAGCCUCGAAGCUGACAUCGCCGCCGUACGCGGAAACUUUACUGAUAUUCCCCUCAUGAUCGGUGAAUGGGCUGUUUCGCCAGUCGCCACAGAGACAGCAGCGCGAUGGCGUUACUUUGACUUCUUCGUUCGCACUGCCGCAAAGUACAACACUUCCACCAUCCUCUGGGAUAACGGAAACGACUUCCUAGACCGCGCGAAGCAUACCUGGCGCGACCAGGUGUCCAUAGACAUCUACCGCAAUGCUUUCCAGGGCAUCCCCAACGCGUUACCGCAGAGCACGACGGAUGGCUCGGUAACGACGCAGCAGACUUCAGCGUAUAUCUUCCACCGCAAGAACGAUGCAGUUGCGAGUGUGACGCUGCCCUUUUCCUUCAACGGGAAUAAGUUGAGUAAGAUUAGCAAGGGAAGCAAGCAGUUGGCUAGCGGCAAGGACUUUUCCUUGCAAGGCGAGAGUAUCACUUUCUCGGCUGCGUACUUGCAGUUGAUCCUCACACCGGCGGCUGGAACGGGUAGUCUGGCGAACUUGACCUUGACUUUUAACCGUGGUGCGGCUCUCCAGGUUGAUGUCGUUCAAUUUACUACGCCGACGCUAGCUAGCAUCUCUGGAUCCUUACCAGCAACAGGCCAGGAUCUCCUCCUCCCGCUGACUUGGUCUGGGUUGAACCGACCAGCUGCUGUAAAGGCGACGAAGGCUGAUGGCACGUUUUUGGUAGAUGACUGGACACAAUAUCUGGGACCACUACAGCAAGGUCGUAUGACGUAUAGCAACCAGUGGGAUUGGACGGCACAGGGCGUCUUGAUCAAGGCUGCUGCUCUUGAUGCUGUUAGGGCGGCGGGGCAGAGCACGACGUUCACUUUGGAGUUUUAUCCACGUCAGCCUGGGAAUGAAGUCAAGUAUACCGUGACAGUAUAG